AUGCAUACCUCGGCGGCUGGAGAGGAAGAAGAAGAAAGUGUACCUCCUCCUCCUCCAAAAAAAAAGAAUCUUGCGGAUCUGCUUGGAAACAGAAAAGCACAGUCCACCAAUCCGGUCCCAAAAAGAAUCCGUGCAGACACUGAAGUCGCAAGCUCUGUCAGAGCAGCCAACUUUGAAAACCAUCUCACAAAACUUCAAGCUGAUUCUAGUUACUUUCUCAGCGAAGAGUUUGAGGACCUAAAGGAUGUCGGACGAAGCCAAACCCAAAACUCUGCACGCUUACCUGGGAACCGAAGCAAAAACCGAUACAACAACAUACUGCCUUAUGAUUCAACGCGAGUGAGAUUGUCUUGCUUGAAUGGCGAGCCCUGCUCAGACUUCAUCAACGCCAACUACAUGCCUGCAAACAAUUUCAUAUGGGAGUAUAUUGCCACACAAGGGCCUCUUCCAGGUACCAAGGAUGAUUUCUGGCGGAUGGUGUGGGAACAAAAUGCACACAGCAUUGUUAUGGUUACCCAGUGUGUGGAAAGGGGCAUGGUGAAGUGUGACCGUUACUGGCCCCCUGACAGUGAGCCUUUGUGUUACGGUGAUGUUGUGGUGCAGAUGAUCUCCGAGAAGAUCCUUCCAGAAUGGACAAUUCGAGACUUUAAGAUUUUAUGCGAGGGUCAGCUGAGAUACCCCAGGAUGGUCCGUCAGUUCCAUUACACCAUUUGGCCGGAUCAUGGUGUGCCUGAGACAACCCUGUCACUCGUUCAGUUUGUGCGAACAGUCAGAGUCUACAUUAACAGGACAACCCGUACUGGAGUCAGUGUAGUACACUGCAGUGCUGGUGUGGGCAGAACUGGCACUUUUAUUGUGCUAGAUCGUGUUUUACAGCAACUGGACAGUAACUGUACAGUGGAUAUUUACGGCUGUGUGUUUGAUCUACGCCUGCAUCGGCCGUGUAUGGUGCAAACUGAGUGUCAGUAUGCUUAUGUUCACCAGUGUGUGCGUGAUGUUUUAAGGGCUGGUAAAAUUGGUUUUGAACGAGAUAACCCUCUUUUCCCCAUGUAUAACAACAUAUAAGACUCCAAAAGGAAGCCGAAACAUUGUGUUAUGCUACGCAUCAGCUAUAAAAAACAGUGGAGACCAGUGGAGCGAAAGAGUGAAGUUUCCCGGUUCUGUGAUAAUAAAGAUCAGCACUCUUGGGAAAAAGCUAAUCAACCUGUCUUUACAGAUUUUGUGUAUAUAGAUGUUCAAAACCUCUAAAACAUGCUAUACACAGCAAAUUGGCCAGUGUUAAAUGAACACUGCUGGGUGUCUAUAUGUGUCCACACUAUAGGGUGU